AUGGCGCCUACUGGCCAAGGAACUGGGGAGCCCAACCAACAUCGUGUUGGCGAGCACUGGAGCGGUACCAAUCCCAUUCCAACAGUUCAGAAAUUCGUCGAGCGCCUCGACGUCGAGAAGAAGGAGCGAGACCGCAGAAUCGACGAGGAGGACAAGGCUAGGAAGCAAAGGGCAGCCUUGAAGCAACAUGAGCAAUAUAAGUCUGGACGACCAAAUGAUGGAUCGCAGGCGGAAGUCAUGGCCCAUGAGGCCCGUGAGGUUGCUCAAGCCAAUGUUCGCAUGGUGACAGAUCCGACAACUGGGAAGGAGAUCGGAGUCGAGGACCAAGAUCCUUCCUCAAUGGAGGCUGUCAAGAACCCAAAGUUGACUGUGCCUAAUGCCAACCUCGGUCGACCGACUGAGCACCAAACUAGCCAUGACCAGGAACUCUCCGAGUACAAAGAGAAGCAAGACAUCACUGCUCCUCCCGAUCCCAUGGCCGAAGGAACAACCUCCGACGUUCCCAUUCGCGGCGAAAAGACCAACGUUCUCUUCCAUCCUACUCCGACAGUCUCGUACAAGCCCAUGUUUGAUCAAUUGGAGAAGCGCGGGACAGCACUAUGUAUCGCCAUUCCGUUUGCCAUCAUUGUUCUCGGGAGGACCUUUGGCGGCUCCCUCCUCGGACUUAUUCCCCUGGCUUUCUGCGUCACUAGUGGUGUUUGGCUAUGGGUACAAGAGGUCAUUAAGAGCGGCAAAGAGAUGGAAUGGAGUAGUGAACAGAUGCGCGGUCAAAUGGCCAACGUGAAUCUACUUCCAGAAUCUGUCGAAUGGGUGAACUCUUUCCUGUCUGUAGCAUGGGGACUCAUGAACCCCGAAAUGUUGACACCAAUGGCCGACACGAUCGAAGAUAUCAUGCAAGCGUCCGCUCCCAAGGUCGUCGAGAACGUUCGAAUCGCCGAGAUCGACCAAGGGAAUAAUCCUUUCCGCAUUCUCAGCAUGCGUGCUCUACCAGAUGAACAUGUUCAGAACCUCAAAGAUAAUAUCCAUGAGGAAAAUAUCAAGAACAAAGAUCCACAAGAGGCUGCUGCCGCCGAGGAAGGUGGAAGCUACUACAACAUGGAGGCUUCUUUUGCAUACCACGCUAAGCCAAGUAGUGGAUCCGCUUCUUCCAAGGCUCGCAACAUGCACAUGCAUUUAGUGUUCUACCUUGGUAUCCGUGGCCUAUUUGGAGUUCCGUUCCCAGUGUUCGUCGAAUUGACCGAGCUGGUCGGUACAGUCCGAAUGCGCUUCCAGAUGAUGCCAGAGCCACCAUUCAUGAAGGAAGUGACCUUCAGCCUGGUGGGUAUUCCACACGUGCGUGCAGGCUGUGUGCCCAUGAUCCGUCGUGGUGUCAAUAUCCUCAACUUACCCUUGAUUUCGAAAUUCGUCAACUAUGCCAUCAGUGCUGCCUGUGCCAUGUUUGCAGCCCCCAAGUCGAUGACCAUGGAUCUUAGCAUGCUGUUAAAGGGUGAUGAUAUUCACAAGGACACUCUGGCACUCGGAGUUAUGUGGAUCCGUAUUCACCGUGCCGUCGGAUUGAGCAAGCAAGACCGUCGCGGUAGUGAAGGUGGAGGCAGCGACCCGUACAUCAACCUGUCGUUCUCCAAGUAUGGGAAGCCCAUGUACUGCACCCGUGUUAUUACGGACGACCUCAACCCCAUCUGGGAAGAAACGGCCGCGCUUCUCGUCACGCCUGAACUGAUCAAAGCGGACGAAAACCUGAGCAUCGAGCUUUGGGACUCAGACCGUAACACGGCGGAUGACAUCUGCGGUAAAGUUGAGCUACCCAUUCGGGAAAUGCUCCAGCACCCAGGUCGCAUGUACCCGCAAGUCUCCAAACUGCAAGGUCUCGACGACGGCAGCGAGAUGCCAGGCCAGUUGCACUGGGAGGUUGGAUACUUUGGUAAACCCAAGUUGCGGCCUGAGCUGCGUACAGAUGGCAAGAAGAAGGAUCUUCCUGAAAACCUGAAGGGAGAUCCGACCUUUGAAGAUGAGAAGGGUACUAUCACUAACGAGGAAGAAGAUGCCGUUGUGCAUACACCACCGGAUCCCAUCUGGCCUAGUGGUAUUGUGCAUAUCGUUGUGCAUCAGAUCGUCAACCUCCAACUUAAUAACAUCAAGGGCAGCGAGGGGAAUCGUAAAGGUAGAGAGUAUGAGCCUGCCAAGCCGUUCGGAGAAAAUACCGAGGAAGAGGGUGAGCAUUUGCCUACCAGUUAUUGCAAGAUCAUGCUCAAUGAUGAAUUGAUCUACCGAACUCGCCCGAAGGCUGUUAGCUCCAAGCCUAUCUUCAAUGCUGGAACGGAGCGCUUUGUCCGUGACUGGCGAUCUGCCGUAGUCACAGUGACUGUGCGAGACCAGCGCUAUCGUGAGCACGACCCGAUUCUGGGAGUCGUCCCCCUCAAGCUCUCCGAUCUUUUGCAGACCAGCUCCCAGGUCACUCGCUGGUACCCCCUCGACGGCGGCGUCGGCUUUGGGCGCAUUCGUAUCUCUAUUUUGCUUCGCCACGUCGAGACGAAGCUGCCCCCUAACAUGCUUGGCUGGGACGUUGGCACCUUUGAGUUCGUCAGCAACAAGAUCCUUGCAAAGGACUAUGGGCGACAGUGCAAGAUCAAGCUACGCACUGGUGGCAGCACGGGCAAGAUAACCCGCAAAGCCGGAAACCUCGAUGGCAAGGAUCUAAGCUACGAUAUCUCCGAAGAAACCUUCCGAGAUAGUCUCCGCAUGCCCGUCAAGCAUAGAUACCGGUCCCCCGUUGUCUUCGAGUUCCACAACCAAGGCAAGCGAGGUGCAGCCGCCUACGCCGUCCUCUGGCUCCAGCAUCUAGUCGACAAUGAAGAAACCGACAUCGACCUCCCAAUCUGGACAACCAAGGCCGGCGCACGUCUCACACAAAAUUAUAUCACCGAACAAAAUUGGAAAGCCAAGGAAGUUCCUGGCCUGGAAGAUCUGACCGAAGUCGGCCGGUUGCAAUUCAAGUGCAAGUUCUCUCCCGGCAUCGACGAGUCGCACGAGCAAUUCGUCACUGAUAAUGACUCGCGUGAGACGUUCGAGACUUGGGAAGCCUGCAUGUCACAGGGUGUCCGUUCGCGCACUGUCUCUGUAGAGGUUCCCGCUGAAACUCAAGAGAAACAUGAGCAGUCGCUUAUUGACGGACGCGACGUCCUCAAGCAAGCUGACCCUAAUGAGCGACGUAGAUGGAUUGAUCGCGACGGACAUGACUGGAGCGGUGCAUUUGGACAUGACCCUCGCGCAUACACGGAUUCUAAUGGCCACAAGGUAGCUGAGCCUGGAUGUGACGAGCCACGACAUGACCCCGUCACCCCGCCGCCACUGAAGGGUCAGCCAUCUCAUUCCAGCGAGCAAAAUGGUGUCCAGGCAACCAACGACCAGGCUGAUCAUCUUACUGACGAUUCAGACGAUUCUGAAACCGAAUCGUCCUCCUCAUGGACCCCGUCGACGGUCAGUCCCACUACCACUGCGGAUGCGGGACCAUCUCAGGCCAGCAGUAGCCACAUGAGCCAGAGGCAAAUCAACAAGGCGAAUCGUCGAAGCGAGCAACGUCAGCAGCGUGGUAUGAUGCAAUGGAAACCUGCGAGGAACGCGGUCUUUGCGAAAGAUGAGGCUAAGUUUGCGUUGAGGAAGAUGAAGAAGAAGAUUGGGAUGGGUGAUUUGACUGGUCGAGAGCCGGAUAUUGAGACGGAGACUUGA